AUGCCCACUUUCCGGAUCAAGCAGCUCCUCCCGCUGGCUGUGGGCCUCGCCUCCAGCGUGGCUCUGGGCCCCGACAGGCAGCACGUUCUGGGGCCAGAGCAGACUCAGACUGUCCAGGCGAUCGAUGGCAGCGGUGUCCACGACGAACUUCUCAAGGCCCAGAUUAUCCCCCAGAUAAUCGACGACUUUGCCCCCGCCUUCCUGCUCCACGCCGAGUGGUCCUCCAAGACGCACGCCGAGCUCGGCAACGACGUACGGCCAGACAAGCUCGAGCCCCAGCCGACCAUCACCCUGACCCCGACCAUCACGACCAAGGCCUCGAGCCCGCGGCACAGACGCGACAGCAGCGACGGAGACACGGCGGCCCGGGCGGCAGAGGACAAGCAGUGUCCCGGUCCCAUCGGCGCCGAUGUCAAGUCCAACAUGACGUACGCCAUCGUGCUGACCGACCCGGACGCGCCGUCGUACCACGACAACAAGUGGUCCGAGUUCUGCCACUGGAUCGCCACGGGCCGCGUCAUCGUCACCCCCAAGCCCCCGCGGGGUCAGCAGCAGGGCGGCGAUGGGGAGGAAGGGAGGGGCGGCUGCCCGCAGCUCAGCCUCACAGGCCUCGAGGACGUCGUGCCGUACAAGCCGCCCGCCCCGCCGAAGAAGACGGGCAGACACCGCUACGUCUUCCUUGCGUUUACGCCCGUCAACGCCACCACUCUGCCGCUCAACGUCACCAAGCCCGGCGAGAGGAAGCGCUGGGGCAUGGACAAGCCCGGGAGCGGCGUCCGUGAGUGGGCCGAGGAGAAUGGCCUUGCUCCCAUUGCUGCCAACUUCAUAUUUGCUCAAAACAACAAGCAGUGA